AUGAAGCAGCGAUUACGUGCUAAGGUAUGGUGGCCGAAACUGGACACUCAAGUCGAGAAAUAUGUCAAGGGCUGCCGUGGAUGUACAUUAGUAGCAGCGCCAGCAGCACCAGAACCUAUGAAGCGGAAAGAGUUACCAUCGCAACCGUGGCAACAUGUUGCUAUCGAUUUUCUCGGGCCGCUCCCAUCUGGACAUUACCUGUUCGUUGUGGUCGACUACUUCAGUCGAUACAUCGAAGUCGAAAUAAUGAAGAAAAUAGACUCGACUGAAACAAUCAAUCGGUUGUCAACGAUUUUCGCUCGAUUUGGACUGCCGGUUACUAUUACCGCGGAUAAUGGUCCACAGUUCGCCAGCCAGGAGUUUCAAGACUAUUGCGAAACCAGUAAUAUCAAGUUGAUCAACACUACUCCCUAUUGGCCGCAACAAAACGGUGAGGUGGAGCGGCAAAAUAGGUCGAUAUUGAAGAGACUCUCUAUCAGUCAGGCCACGAACACAGAUUGGAUAAGCGAACUUAAUAAAUAUUUGCUCAUGUACAGAUCCUCCCCACACUCUACGACUGGAAAAACUCCAUCUGAGAUGCUGUUUGGAUACAAUAUUCGCGAUAAGAUUCCCUCUAUCAACCAGCCCAAAGAAAUCGACGAAGAAACGGCCGAUAGAGACAAAGAAAAAAAGGAGAAAGGAAAACUAUAUGCUGAUGAACGACGCAAUGCCAGACCGAAUUCUAUCACAGAAGGCGACAAGGUACUUGUCAAACGGAUGACAAAACACAACAAAUUAGCUACGACGUUCGAGCCAGCGGUCUAUGAUGUCAUAAAAAGGAGAGGCGGAGAUGUAGAAGUGGCUUCAGAAGAAAAGGGUGCAACAUAUCGUCGACAUGUUUCUCAUUUGCAACGGAUUGGUGGUAGAGACGAGUCGUCAAGCACGUGUGCCAACCCUGGAACCAUCGCAUCGGAUCCACAAGGGAGCGGUACCACAAAACGACGUGCGGGCGAUUUAUCAGAAUCGGAAUCCAGAUCGAAACGAGCGACGCGACAACCAACAUAUUUGCGAGAUUACAUAUAA